UUUUUUUUUUUUUAACCCUCCUUGAAAGUCACUCACUCUAUUCUCUCUCUCUAUCUCUCUCUCUCUCUAUCUCUCUUUCUAGUUGGUUCCUUAUUUUCCUUUUGUUCUUAACUUAUUAUUAUUAUUUAUAAUCAAUGCAAACCAUCAAGUGUGUAGUUGUUGGUGACGGUGCUACUUGUCUUUUGAUUUCGUAUACUACUAACAAAUUUCCUUCCGAAUAUGUGCCCACGGUUUUUGAUAACUACGCUGUGACAGUUAUGAUUGGUGAUGAACCAUAUACUUUAGGACUCUUUGAUACUGCUGGUCAAGAGGAUUAUGAUCGUCUUCGUCCUUUAUCUUAUCCUCAAACUGAUGUCUUUCUCGUCUGUUUUUCAGUGACAUCGCCUGCAUCAUUUGAAAACGUGAAAGAAAAAUGGUUCCCCGAAGUCCAUCAUCAUUGUCCUGGUGUACCUUGUCUAAUUGUUGGUACUCAAAUCGAUUUACGUGACGAUCCCAAUGUGAACGAAAAAUUGGCACGACAACGACAACGACCUAUUAGUUUCGAUGCUGGUGAACGCUUGGCAAGAGAAUUGGGUGCUGUCAAAUAUGUAGAAUGUUCGGCCUUAACACAAAAGGGGUUGAAGAAUGUCUUUGAUGAAGCUAUUGUUGCCGCUUUGGAACCUCCUGUCAAGAAGAAAUCCAAAAAGUGUACCAUCUUGUAGUUCUCUCCUUUAUUCUCUCUCUCAUAUAUAUCUUUGUUUGUUGUUGAUGUUUGCUGAAUGGAUAAUGUUUAUCAUUCCCUUUAUUUUCUCUUCUCACUCACAUAUUCACUGUUAUUUCUCCUUUUUUUUUCCCUACUUUUCCAUAUAUACAUAAAAUUAUCUUUUUUUUUUACACCCCUUUAUGCAAUCUUUUUUCACCCUCUCUUCAUCUCUUAUUUAUAGUUUAGAAAAGAAGCUUACCCUCAUUCAAUAAAACACAGAACAAACAUGAACUAGUGCAAGUUACUUUAUCUACUGAUGAUAUGAUAUUGAAUGGUACGUGAUGAUGGAAUGAUUGAAUGGAUGAAAUGUGAUGAUAAUCAAAUGGAUGAAUGCAAUGAAUUGAUGAAGAUAAAUAAAGAUGAUAUGAUA